UUGAGGUUUAAUAAUGCAUGUAUUGAUUAAAUAUUAAAUACCCAUUUGUAAACAAAACUUUUAAUUUAGUAUUUUCGUAAAUAAAUCACAAAUUCACUCCUCUUAUCAGAAACUUAAAGUUCAAUACUUCCAUUUACGCUUUUCUUAGCGACAUUGAUUCACGAUUUCACAACAGCACGUUAAUUUAAUAAACAAAAAUUUAUUGCGAGUAUGUCCGCCAAUUUUAAAAAGACAGUCAUUCCAACAGCCAGGAAAAAAUCAGGCCCCAAAUUCGACCUCAACGACGAACAGAAAAACGACAUCAAAGAAGCCUUCGAUCUCUUCGACAACGAAGGAUCCGGCAAAAUCGACACCAAAGACUUGAAAGUAGCCAUUAGAGCGUUAGGAUUCGAACCCAAGAAAGAGGAGAUAAAAAAGAUGAUAGCCGAUAUCGAUAAAGAUGGCACGGGGCAAAUAUCGUACGAGGAUUUCAUGCAGCUCAUGUCUGUAAAAAUGGCCGAAAAAGAUUCCAAAGAAGAAAUAAUGAAAGCCUUUAGACUGUUCGAUGAUGACGAAACAGGAAAAAUCAGUUUCAAAAAUUUAAAGCGCGUCGCGAAGGAGCUCGGAGAAAAUUUAACAGAUGAAGAAUUACAAGAAAUGAUCGACGAGGCCGAUAGGGACGGAGAUGGGGAAAUUAACCAGGAAGAAUUUCUUAGAGUUAUGAAGAAAACCAGUUUAUAUUAAACUCAUUCUCGAAUGCUAAGGAUACAUGCUCGAAAACAUAUUGAUAUAUCAAACUAGCACUUUUAAAUAUAUUACUUGUAUAAUUAUUAAGAAAUAACUAUAUUUAUUUAAUGACAUCUUUUUUACAAAAUGUUAAUUGUUACUCGAUAAUUUUGGGCCUUUUUUAUUCAGUUUUACAGUGAUAUUCAUAAAAUGAAAUUGUAUCAAAUUA